AUGGCUGGUGGCAAAGAUGAGAAGGACGGUGGCUCGUCCAGCAAGAAAAGAUCCCCGUAUGAAUUGUCUCCUAAUGAUAAUCCAGAAAUCCUAAUUACUCAUGUGCAAUUGAAAGGCGACAAUUAUGAUGAAUGGUCAAAAGCCAUUCGAGUCUCUCUCCGAUCAAAGAAGAAGCUGGGAUUCUUGGACGGAGCAAUCACGUGUCCUGAUCUAGAUUCUGAUGAUUUAGAAGAUUGGUAUGCGGUCAAUUCAAUGCUUGUAUCAUGGAUCUUCAAUACAAUUGAACCAACGUUGAGAUCCACUAUUUCAUACAAGGAGAACAUUUUUGAUCUGUGGCUAGAUAUCAGAGAACGUUUUGGUGUCACAAACGGACCACGUAUCCAGCAACUCAAGGCUGAGUUGAGUGAGUGCAGACAAGGUGCAAAAUCUAUUUCUGAUUACUAUGGGAGGAUGAAAAAGAUCUGGGAAAACUUGGAUGAAUGUGAUCCUUAUCCAACUUGUAGAUGUGAGAAAUGCACGUGUGAUCUGGCCAAAGAAUUUGACAAACGAAAAGAAGAUGAGAAGGUACACCAAUUCCUCAUGGGUCUCAACAACAUCAUAUAUGGAACGGUUCGAUCUAACCUUCUUGCUGCGGAUCCUCUUCCCAAUAUGAAUAAAGUGUACUCAACAUUGAUGAGAGAAGAACAUAUGAGAACGGCCUCAAGCAGCAAAGAUGACAAAGGCGAAAUCAUGGGCUUUGCUGUUCGAGCAGGUUAUGGUCGUGGUGAAGCACGACUGGAACCAAAAGACCCUAACAAAUAUUGCACUCACUGUAAGCGAACAGGGCAUGCAGUAGAAAAUUGCUUUCAAUUAACAGGUUACCCGGAGUGGUGGGGUGACCGUCCAAGAGGUUCUGGACGUGGUACACAUAGACAUGGUGGAGCAGGUUUUGUUGCUGGUCGUGGCCGUGGAGGUGGUGUACGGGCUAAUGUGGCAGCAACACCACCCGUCACGAGUUCUUCCCAAGGAGCUGUUAGUGAGCAAACUGGCUUUCCUAGAGUGAGCGAUGAGCAGUGGAAGUGGCUCCAACAUUUUUUUGACUCAAAGAAUCCUAAAAUGACUGGUAAAAUAAAUACUCUAUGGUGGAUACUUGAUACAGGAGCUUUUCACCAUAUGACAGGCGAUAUGUCUCUAAUGAAGAAUUUGCAUGAUAUUUCGGCAAGCCCAGUGGGAAUGCCAAAUGGUGAACAUACUACAGCUACAAAGGAAGGCGUGGUGAUCCUGGACAAACAUAUCACCUUGUCCAAUGUUUUUAUAUGUUCGAAUUUGACUUGCAAUCUUAUAUCCAUCUCACAGCGAUUUACGAAAAUAAUUGCAUAG